AUGCAGGGAGAGGAGCAGCGUGAGGCCUCAGAAGUGUCAGUGGAAUCGCGUCACACGGUCAGCUGGAGACCUAACCCUGGUCCUGUGGUCUACAUCAGAUCUAACCCUGGUCCUGUGGUCUACAUCAGAUCUAACCCUGGUCCUGUGGUUUACAUCAGAUCUAACCCUGGUCCUGUGGUCUACAUCAGAUCUAACCCUGGUCCUGUGGUCUACAUCAGAUCGAACCCUGGUCCUGUGGUCUACAUCAGAUCUAACCCUGGUCCUGUGGUCUACAUCAGACCUAACCCUGGUCCGGUGGUCUACAUCAGAUCUAACCCUGGUCCUGUGGUCUACAUCAGACCUAACCCUGGUCCGGUGGUCUACAUCAGACCUAACCCUGGUCCUGUGGUCUACAUCAGACCUAACCCUGGUCCGGUGGUCUACAUCAGAUCUAACCCUGGUCCUGUGGUCUACAUCAGACCUAACCCUGGUCCUGUGGUCUACAUCAGAUCUAACCCUGGUCUUGUGGUCUACAUCAGACCUAACCCUGGUCCUGUGGUCUACAUCAGAUCUAACCCUGGUCCUGUGGUCUACAUCAGACCUAACCCUGGUCCUGUGGUCUACAUCAGACCUAACCCUGGUCCUGUGGCCUACAUCAGACCUAACCCUGGUCCUGUGGUCUACAUCAGAUCUAACCCUGGUCCUGUGGUCUACAUCAGAUCUAACCCUGGUCCUGUGGUCUACAUCAGAUCUAACCCUGGUCCUGUGGUCUACAUCAGAUCUAACCCUGGUCCUGUGGUCUACAUCAGAUCUAACCCUGGUCCUGUGGUCUACAUCAGAUCUAACCCUGGUCCUGUGGUCUACAUCAGAUCUAACCCUGGUCCGGUGGUCUACAUCAGACCUAACCCUGGUCCUGUGGUCUACAUCAGAUCUAACCCUGGUCCUGUGGUUUACAUCAGAUCUAACCCUGGUCCUGUGGUCUACAUCAGAUCUAACCCUGGUCCUGUGGUCUACAUCAGAUCUAACCCUGGUCCUGUGGUCUACAUCAGAUCUAACCCUGGUCCUGUGGUCUACAUCAGAUCUAACCCUGGUCCGGUGGUCUACAUCAGAUCUAACCCUGGUCCGGUGGUCUACAUCAGACCUAACCCUGGUCCUGUGGUCUACAUCAGAUCUAACCCUGGUCCUGUGGUCUACAUCAGAUCUAACCCUGGUCCUGUGGUCUACAUCAGAUCUAACCCUGGUCCUGUGGUCUACAUCAGAUCUAACCCUGGUCCUGUGGUCUACAUCAGAUCUAACCCUGGUCCUGUGGUCUACAUCAGAUCUAACCCUGGUCCUGUGGUCUACAUCAGAUCUAACCCUGGUCCGGUGGUCUACAUCAGACCUAACCCUGGUCCUGUGGUCUACAUCAGAUCUAACCCUGGUCCUGUGGUUUACAUCAGAUCUAACCCUGGUCCUGUGGUCUACAUCAGAUCUAACCCUGGUCCUGUGGUCUACAUCAGAUCUAACCCUGGUCCUGUGGUCUACAUCAGAUCUAACCCUGGUCCUGUGGUCUACAUCAGAUCUAACCCUGGUCCGGUGGUCUACAUCAGAUCUAACCCUGGUCCGGUGGUCUACAUCAGACCUAACCCUGGUCCUGUGGUCUACAUCAGAUCUAACCCUGGUCCUGUGGUCUACAUCAGAUCUAACCCUGGUCCUGUGGACUGCUGGGCCACAGUGACUAAUGCACACACCAGGAGCUCCGCAGGGCUCCACCAGGACGCCUCCACCAGGACGCCUCCACCAGGACGCCUCCACCAGGACGCCUCCACCAACAUUACUCAGUCAAUGGGCUGCAGCUACAGCAUGGCGUGA